AUGCAAACCCGUGUCGAUACCAUCGACGUCAACAUUGCAAAGAUCAACGGCGAGUUGACCACCUAUCAGCAGAAGCUCUCCCGCAUGCGCGACGGUCCCGGCAAGAACGCCAUUCGCCAACGCGCAAAGGCCUGUCUCGAGCGCCGCCGCAUGUACGAGAGCCAGAAGGACCAGCUCAUGAGCCAACAAUGGAAUAUGGAGCAAGCAACAAUGAUGCAAGACAAUCUACGCAACACCAUGACCACCGUAGACGCCAUGAAGACCACCACCAAAGAACUCAAGAAGCAGUACGGCAAGAUCGACAUUGACAAGAUCGACAGGCUUCAGGACGAGAUGGCAGACCUCAUGGACAUUGGCAACGAGAUUCAGGAGAGCAUCAGUCGCAGUUACGACGUGCCCGAGGAUGUCGAUGAGGCCGAGCUGGACGCUGAGCUAGAGGCUCUGGGCGAGGAGGUCGAUCUUGGAGAGGCUUCAUAUGAGGGUGCCGACUCGAUGCCUGCUUUCAUGAUGGACCAAAGCGCUCCUCCGCAAUUCAUCGACGAACCUCCGGAGAGCAACAAAGUCAAGGAAGCCGCUGGCUAG